AUGGUGCUAGAAGCUACUAUGAUACUUAUUGACAACUCCGAAUACAUGCGGAAUGGAGACUACACCCCUUCACGGUAUCAAGCACAGCUAGAUACAGUUGAAGUUAUAUUCAGAAGGAAAGUUAAUUCAAAUCCGGAAAACACAGUUGGUUUAAUGACUAUGGCUGGCGAAUCUUCUGUGUCCUUGAGUAAUCUAACUGCCGAUUAUGGUCAAAUUUUGAGUGGAUUGCAUUCCAGUAAGAUCAACGGAAAGUGCAACUUUAUUAACAGUAUUCAAGUAGCAUGUUUGGCAUUGAAAAAUAGGCAGAAUAAGAAUCAAAGGCAAAGAAUUGUUGUCUUUGUUGGAUCUCCAAUUGAAGAAUCAUCACACGAGCUAAACACUCUUGCCAAAAAAUUAAAGAAAAACAACAUAUCCAUUGAUUUUAUAAACUUUGGUGAGCACCAGUCUAACCUCUCUAAACUUGAAGAGUUUAACCAAAUAAUGGAGAACGAGGAGAAAACAUCGCAUCUAGUGACGGUUCCACAAGGCCCUUACCUUCUCUAUGAACAAGUUGAUAAAACUGCUAUUACUAGAGAUCAAGAAUUGAUCGAUUCCAACGCUAGUAAUGGUGAAUUUGGUGAUAUUGGAGGUGCAUCAGGCGGUGGUGAUGAUUUUGGUUUUGGACUGGAUGAUCCAAACAUGGAUCCCGAACUUGCAUUGGCCAUCAGGCUGUCCUUGGAGGAAGAAAACGCUAGAAAGGAGAGAGAGGAGGCAGCUAAGAAGGAGAAGGAUGCUGAUAAUAAAAGUGACGGUACUGAAGCGGAAGCAUCAGGUGCACAGAGUGACAAGAUGGAAGAAGACUAG